UUUAACAACGUGCUUGUCAUUGUCCCUUCCUCAAGUUAAAGACAUACAGCAAUGAAUUCCUCGCUCGCUCAGAUUCUCGUUACACAGAAUGAAUUUGUUACUCUGAUGGGGAUUUACACGUGCGUCGACAUGGUCUUUUCGGUUAUGGGUAUCGUCACCAACGCUGUCAAUACGAAAACUUUCCUGGCCAUGGGAGCAGACGACGGGGUCACGGUGUCAUUCUUAUAUCUCUCAUCAUCAGAACUCAUGUGUUGUCUGGCCGCAUUGGGUCAAAAAAUUUCGAUGGCCUUUUGGGUCACGGAGUUGGCUACAGAUUACAAGACCUGGUUCUUCAUCAAUCCUUAUGUGGCCAACGCUUUUUUCGGGAACAUCCGUGCGUGUCUUUUUGAGAUACCAAUCCUGAUAACGACGUAUCUGUCCUUAGCGAAAUGCAUGUGUGUGGUCAAGCCACUUAGUUUUAAGAGCAUGUUCUCCGUUUCCAGAACUCGGAGGAUAAUGGUGGGCAUUUGCGUCUUUUCAAUAGUGUCGUAUGUGCCGAUAUUCGCCACCAUGGGCACCACCCAGGAACUUGAUGUAAACAUCAACAGGACUCGCCACAUGAUCUGGUUUUCUUCUAAUCGAGACCUUGUCAAGACGGUCGUAUGGACGUCACGUGACACGCUCUCGGCAAUCGCGUCAGAAGUCGUAGUAGCUGUUUGUCUGAUGAUGAUGGCUCAAGCGCUGUCCAAAUCAAUCACACUUCGUGGACAGUUGAAAAACGGUACAUUUUCACACAAAAUGGAUCAGCACAAUUCAAGUUUAGAAUGUGAUGGCAAGCUAAGUGGGAAAGAACUCCAAAUAAUAAAGCAGGUGGUGCUCAUUUCUGUGGUUUUUAUCGCGGGGAACACGCCAAAGAUCGCUGUCUUUUUAGUUGUUGCCUUAGUUCCGGACUUUACUCCUGUAGGGAGAUACCGAAAUUUAUAUGACGUUACCAUAAAAGGCAGAGAACUCUCUGAACUGGUGAUUUCAGCAGUGAAUAUUUUCAUCUACUACAAAUUUAACUCUAAAUUCAGGCAAUGCUGUCACGCUAUCUGUUAAAAAAUAUAAAUUCAACAUUAUUUCACGGUGUUUUGAAAAGUAGUUUUUAAUUGGCUAAGGAAGCGGGAAAAAACGGAAAGCUCAUGAAAAGUAUGAUACCUGUAGGCUAUUCUGCAAAUUUUGUUUAAAUAGCUCUCAAUAUAGAUAACUUUAUACAGUCUUAUAAUACCUGAACAACUAAAAGAUAACUUUACACAGUCUUAUAAUACCUGAACAACUAAAAGAUACUUUAUACAGUCUUAUAAUACCUGAAUAACUGAAAUAACUGAUUUCGCAACCUGCAUCUUUAAUGAACACACGCUCUUCAUCACAGUCUCUACUGGGAGUUCCAAGUGUGGAUGGACACAGAAGGAAGUCGUAAGAAGUGCACUCUUUUGAAGACAUAGCGC